UGCCCCCGCCCACCACUCGGCCUGUUAUAAAGGAGGCAGGCGAGCCCCAGCCACAAAGGCACCUCAGGCUUCUCUCCUCUCUAGUCCUCUCUGUGCCUGCCUGCCACCCACUGCCACCACCAUGACCACCACCAUCCGCCAGUUCACCUCCUCCAGCUCCAUCAAGGGCUCCUCCGGCCUGGGGGGUUCAUCCCGCACCUCCUGCCGGCUGUCUAGCGGCCUGGGUGCCGGCUCCUGCAGGCUGGGGUCUGCCAGUGGCCUGGGCAGCUCCCUGGGCAGUGCCCUGGGGAGCGGCAGCUACUCCAGCUGCUACAGCUUCGGCUCUGGCAGUGGCUAUGGCAGCAGCUUUGGGGGUGUCGACGGGCUGCUGGCGGGAGGCGAGAAGGCCACCAUGCAGAACCUCAACGACCGCCUGGCCUCCUACCUGGACAAGGUGCGCGCCCUGGAGGAGGCCAACACGGAGCUGGAGGUGAAGAUCCGGGACUGGUACCAGAAGCAGGCCCCGGGGCCCGCCCGCGACUACAGCCACUACUACCACACCAUCGAGGACCUGAAGAACAAGAUCCUCACGGCCACCGUGGACAACGCCAGCAUCCUGCUGCAGAUCGACAAUGCCCGCCUGGCCGCUGACGACUUCCGUACCAAGUUUGAGACGGAGCAGGCCCUGCGGGUGAGCGUGGAGGCCGACAUCAACGGCCUGCGCCGGGUGCUGGACGAGCUGACCCUGGCCAGAGCCGACCUGGAGAUGCAGAUCGAGAACCUGAAGGAGGAGCUGGCCUACCUGCGGAAGAACCACGAGGAGGAGAUGAACUCCCUGCGAGGCCAGGUGGGCGGCGAGAUCAACGUGGAGAUGGACGCCGCCCCGGGCGUGGACCUGAGCCGCAUCUUGUCCGAGAUGCGCGACCAGUAUGAGAAGAUGGCCGAGAAGAACCGCAAGGACGCCGAGGACUGGUUCUUCAGCAAGACCGAGGAGCUGAACCGCGAGGUGGCCACCAACACGGAGCUGGUGCAGAGCAGCAAGAGCGAGAUCUCCGAGCUCCGGCGCACCAUGCAGGCCCUGGAGAUCGAGCUGCAGUCCCAGCUCAGCAUGAAAGCAUCCCUGGAGGGCAGCCUGGCGGAGACGGAGAACCGCUACUGCGUGCAGCUGUCCCAGAUCCAGGGGCUGAUCGGCAGCGUGGAGGAGCAGCUGGCCCAGCUGCGCUGUGAGAUGGAGCAGCAGAACCAGGAGUACAAGAUCCUGCUGGACGUGAAGACGCGGCUGGAGCAGGAGAUCACCACCUACCGCCGCCUGCUGGAGGGAGAGGACGCCCACCUGACUCAGUACAAGCCCAAAGAACCCGUGACCACCCGUCAGGUGCGCACCAUUGUGGAAGAGGUGCAGGACGGCAAGGUCAUUUCCUCCCGGGAGCAGAUCCACCAGACCACCCGCUGAGGACCCUGCUCCCCUGCCCACCCACCCAGGGCCCUCAUCAGCCCUGCAGCCUCGACCUCCCUAGCCUGAGCCCCGUGGCUCCCCGUCCCUUUCCCAUACCCACUGCCUGACCAAUAAAGCUUGUUGACUCAGA